UCACCACAUUUUCCCGCGGCCUCGAGGUGAUGGGCUCCCUAUACGCCAGCAUCACCGGGACGGCGGUGCUGCAGCAGCGCGAGGUGGUCGUCCCGGCUGUCCAGUCGAACCGCCCAGAGGACAUCCAGCGGCAGUGGCUACAGCGGCAGAUGGACUACAACGAGAGGCCGUACGAGAACCGCGGCUGGUGUCUCUUCGAGCAGGGCGUCGCGAUGACCGUCGCGGCACAUCUCGCCGCGGCCGAGGCACAGGCGGCGCGGGCUGGCAAGGAGCUGCCACUCCGCUUCCGGCGCGCUCAGGAGCUCCGCGCCAAGGUGUACGACAUCGGAGGGCCGGAGCCCGUGGCGAGGUCAUGCGCGAGUCCGCCGCUGACGGUGCUCGAGGAGGCUUUCGCCGCAAUCGGCUCAUCUCGUUUCACCGGCAAGGGCGACGCCGCGAAGGUGCUUCAGAUGCUGGCUGAGUUUGAGUGGGUCGUGCGCAGCACAUUUCAGCAGGCUCUUGAAUGUCACGCGAGGAGUGGGGCAACUCUACCGCCCGCUGCGCGGGGCGCACUAGCGGAGGCGAGCCGGCUGGCGGAGGCGAACGGCUCUGGCCUUUCGGGCUCUAGUUUGGGGUGGAGCAAGGUGCUUGGCUACCUGCGCGGGUCGUCAGCAACGAUGACGACGACAUCGACGUCCACGAUAAGUGAAGACGUUGUCGAUGACGCCCGCAACCAUGCGUAGAUGUUCUCGAGGUUCCUAGCGUAUGGUCGUAAAGCUGUACUAGUCGUAGUGGGAACGUUGUGUAUACUUGCGUGACCCACGGAAAUGCGGUGUGAAAUGGCUAGUUC